UGGUCCUGAUAAGCAGAAGGCGAAACUCCAUAGUACAUGUGGCCUGCUACAUUCUACGUAGAUACAGGCUCUAGCCUUGCUCCAUCCCUCCAUCCCUCCAUCGCAUGCGGACGUAGAGGCCAAGAGGCUGCGGUCCGGGCCACCCACUCGUUGUUGAUGUGGAAAGUCAGCUAAGGAAGCAAGGAAGGAAGGACAUUUCUCGAGACUUGAGAGCGGGUCUGUCUGUCAGUCUGUCUGAGGGCCUAUCGCCAUCCGAGAAUCCGACGGAGUGACUGACUGCCUUGAUUACCUCGGUCUUGCCUCCGUUCCUGUCCCACCUGAGCUGGGUCUCAUUCGGCUGGGUCGACCGGGUCUCACCUCCUCAGUGGAACGAAGGCUGCCACGCUGCCUGCCUGUCACGCAGACAGCUGUUUACUACGGCUUCCGCGUGGUCCCAGGACCGAACCGUAGUAUACCGUAGUAGGCCGUCACAGGCCGUUCGAAUUUCGGUCUCGAAUUUCGGUCUCGAAUCUCGUGUGUGAAAUCAGCCAAUCCGCUCGAUCUGGUCCGGGCCAAACUUUGAGAAUCUCGUGCCCGUUGCCCGUUGCCCGUCGGCCAUUGACUAUUGCGCUGCGGUCAUUGGUCCGUCCGUCGGUCCGACAUUGGUUCUGCUUAUGGGUGUGACUCACUCCCCAUUUCGGAUUGAAGGGCUGUAGGUCCAGCCGGCCGGCCUUGCGUGUGGCUUUGGGUGGGUGCUUGUCCGAGUGAGAGGUGUAUCGUGGGGAACAAGCUCAUGUUCGCGUUAGGGUUGACUUCUUCAGUCCUUGAUGCAUUCUCCGGGCCACGCCUCUAACCAUCAUCUGGUUGUGACCUCGUACGCCCUUCAGGCCCCGCCACCCUAUUCGCCCCACGCCCAUCAUCCCCCGGCCUUGUCGUCUCUGUCCGGCGGCGGGGGACCUCAUUCGCCUCACCAAAACACGACACGCACCAGUGAUUUGCAUCCCAACCAUCCGCCUCAUCACCAUCACCAUCCCCACCACCAUCACGCCCACAGUCACAACCCCCAUCCACCCCCUCAUCCCUUCGCGCCCACCGCCCAUUUUUCAGCCCCGAAUUCUUUCGCCCCGCCCGGCGCGUAUCCGUACCCGUCGGACGACCCUCGAUCUUCGGGCUCGUCCGGCAUUCAAAUCCUGCCCACUUUUGGCGGGGUGGCUAAUAAGCGCGAGGCGGUCCAUCCGGGACAUUGGGGUUUAGCCCAUUCUUAUCCCGAUAUGACUCAAUAUAAUGCUAAUCCCGUGGGCGCGCUCCAAGAGCGGUACCAAUCUCGUGGCAUCCUGCCCGAAUACCAGGUGAUUCAAGCCGAAGGGGCUUCUCAUUGCCCGACUUUCGCCUACCAGGUCAUCGUGGACGGGAAAGUGGCUAUGGGAUCUGGGAGUUCCAAAAAGCAAGCGAAACACAACGCCGCCCGCUCCAUGCUAGACAAAUUAGACGGUCGUGUCCCCGUCCAAGAUUUCGUUCAACCCUUGCCUCCAGUGUCUUCUUCCGUUGGCCAAGGGGUCAUGGUGGGUGGCAAAGGUGGUAAUGCCAUCGUACCAGGCGCUCCGAAUGAUCUGAUCAACUCGGCUGCGGGCAAUUCCAUCGGUCAAUUGCAAGAGCUCUGCGUUCACAAAGGACUGCAGAUGCCCAUGUACGAUGUAAAGGCCGAAGAGGGCCAACCUCAUCAAAGAUCUUUUCACAUGGUUGUUCGCGUGGGAUCACUCUCAGCCGAAGGCGAGGGCGCCUCCAAGAAAGAUGCCAAGCGAGAAGCGGCCGUGAAGAUGAUCAGCCGCGUUCACGAGUACUUGGCCAACCACCCUGAACUAGAUGCCGACAUCAAACCUCUCGAAGCCCAGAUCGGAGUUAUCAAAACGGAGCCCAGCGACUCGAGUGCCAGUUCGACUUCCGGUGUUGAGAAAAAGAUCAAAACCUUAACCCCGAAGGAGUCGAAAGAGAUCCAGAGCUUUUACCGAGACCUGAGCGACGAGCCCGGUAGUCUAUUGCACAAGCUGCAAACUCUUUCAUUGAAGCCUCUCAAAAGCGGCUACGUGUCUCAAUUGGAGGCCCUGGCCAAAGAGCAAAAGUUCGGAGUCACUUUUGUCGAGAUUGAGGACGCCACGGACGAGGGGGACACUCAAUGCUUGGUGCAGUUGUCAUCAUUGCCCGUGGCGGUGGCCUUGGGUUUAGGCCCAGACAAAGAGAGAGCCAAGGAACAAGCCGCACGGAAUGGGCUAAUCUACUUGAAAAUGAUGACGUGCAAAUCCACGGAGCAAUCCAAAGUCGAAUCGUCCGAAACAAAAACUGAGGCCACGACCACGACCACGACCCCAGCCCCAACUCCUACUAAAAGUAACUAAGAAUUUAUUAGAAUUGGAUUACCCCCUUUUGUUAAUCGCCCCUUUAAAUCAGGAACGUGCGAAUCUUUUUGUACGGAAUAUAAUAUGGAUCCUUCUCACCUCUCAUUUAAAGCCUUGAUGGUCUUCUGAGAAGUGAGAAGGAAACUUGGAAUAUCCCUAA